AUGUCAGCGGCGCCAGCGUCAAACGUGAAUGGCCAGCCGGCGACAGUGGCGGGAUGGUGGGACAUCACCGCGCGAUACUAUGCUGACUUCGCUGGUCGACGUGCCGUUGCUCGGCUGCGACUGGCGGGCGAAAUCGAGGACAGUUACUCAUUGUCGCCGCUAGGGUCGAUAAUGAGCCCCUUGUCGCAUGAUGCUGUGCGACAGAUCCUGCGACAGGCAAUGGACGAGAGUCGCAGCGAGCACUUUCCGCAGGAUCCGAGCGCGGCGUACGUGGUUUUAACGAGCGGGGACGUUCACUUAACUGAUUUCUGUAGAGGUUACUGUGCGUAUCACACGAGCGCGACAAUAGUGGACGGCGGACCCACGCUCGCGUACGCGUUUGUAGGCGAUUCGACAAAGCAGUGUCCACAGAACUGUACGUAUCAGUACCUUGACGAGGGGUACGUGGGAAGCAACGGGGACUUGGCUGCGGAUUCGAUUGUGGACAAACUGGCACACGAGCUGACGGAGCUUGUAACGAAUCCGUUCCAAGGGAAAGAAGAGAGGGCAGGGUGGGUGGUGGGGGGGGAGGGAACAGACGAAGCAAGCUGGCAGCAGAUCGAGAAUGCGGAUCUUUGCGAGUGGAGAUACUCUGGGGUGAACAGGGACGAAAAAGGGCGGCACUGGAAUCUGCUGGGGGUGAAUGGGACAAGGUACCUGAUUCAAGACAACUUCAAUGUGGAGCUGAUGCGAUGUGUGCAGCAAGGGGGGUACAGCUGA